GGAGAUAGGGACAGGGAAGCCUGGUGUGCUACAGUCCAUGGGGUCGCAAAGAGUCAAGACACGACUUCGCGACUGAAUAGCAACAACAGUGGUGGUAACUGAAAAAUCUAGAAGCAAUGCAAAUAUCAAAACGAUUUAAAUUUGGCCCAUCCAUUCUGGAGUAGUAUGCAGUCAUUCAAAAGACUUAGAAGACUGCAGCAACGUGAUAUAUCAAAGGGGUGAAGAAGCAGGUUAUAAAUUAGAAGGGAAGAAGAAAAGCUGUCAGGGACAAAAUUAAAUGCUAUGAAGAAUCCUUUUACUUAUUCAUUGAACAAACAUUAAGCACCUUACAUCCUAGGCACCAGGCCAAAGGCUAGAAUGCCGCCAAAACGAAAAGGUUCCUGUAGAAGUUAGAACAAGAGAUUUAAUAGGAUAGAAGAACAUUACCCCUUCUCACAGUGAGCCACAGUAUUCAUACAUUUUUCAGUUUAAGUUGCCUUUUCCUCUGUUUCUGUAAUUAUUUUAACGUAGCAGCAAUUUAUACUGCUGCAAAGUUCCUCUCUGAUUCUUCGUCCUCCCGCUAUUGAUGUCUCCGUUUUUCGCGUACCUGCCAGUGUAUAUACUUGGUGCGGUGGGGCAGUAUUUCCGACACAGCGGUGCCUCUCCGUCUCGCUGGAGGGAAGAUAAAUGGCUCUAAUCCAGGCCUGACUUUGGUAUGUGCCCAGGGGAAAGGGGUUGAGUUAGAAGGCAAGAAGAGGCCUGGUAAGGUCCCGCCUUUUUACCAGGCCCUUUCGGGGAGGGGAACAAGAAAAGGUAACGGUAAAAGGUCGGCAGGCGUCGCGCGCAGCCUCGGGCUAGCCCCGCCUCAAGGGGCGGGCUCCGGGCGCUGAUUGGCCUGCGUCUGCUUCGCUCGGGUUGGCGGGAGGUCUCGGGGCCGGCGGUGCCGCGGUGGAGCGAGCUGCGAGUAACCGUCUGAGGCGUAGGGCGUCUGGGAAAGGCUGGCCGCCGGUCCGGCCUUUGCUCACCCGCCUCAGGUUUCCGCAGGUACCCUCCGCUCGCUCUUCGGCUUCGGGCCUCGCCGGCGACUCUACAGUUUUGGUUGUGCCUGGCCCCUCCGCCCCCUCUUGCCUCCAACCCCGCCGGCCUAAAUGUGUGAGGCUAUGGCGGCGGCGUCUCGACCCCUUCCUCACACACUUCCGCCCUUGAGUUUCUUCAGGUGCCGCAGGGAAGUUUCUGAGGAUCAGGAAGGAGAAUCUGUACCUAACUCACUGAACAUCGAGGGAGGCACGACUGCCUGGGUACCUGAAUCGUGGGAAACCAAAAUGAGACAUAAUCAGCUGUGUUGUGAGACACCACCUACUGUCACUGUACAUGUAAAAUCAGGGUCAAAUAGAUUGCAUCAGCCUAAAAAACCCAUUACCCUGAAGCGUCCUAUUUUUAAAGAUAGUUGGCCAGCAUCUGAAAAAAAUGCACAUAAUAGCAACAAGUCUAAACGCCCCAAAGGACCCUGUCUAGUUAUACAGCGUCAGGAAAUGACUGCUUUCUUUAAAUUAUUUGAUGACGAUUUAAUUCAGGAUUUCUUGUGGAUGGACUGCUGCUGUAAAAUUGCAGACAAGUAUCUUUUGGCUAUGACCUUUGUUUAUUUCAAGAGAGCUAAAUUUACUGUAAAUGAGCAUACCAGGAUAAAUUUCUUUAUUGCUCUGUAUCUCGCUAAUACAGUUGAAGAAGAUGAAGAAGAAUCCAAAUAUGAAAUUUUUCCAUGGGCUUUAGGGAAAAACUGGAGAAAAUUAUUCCCUGACUUCUUAAAGUUAAGGGACCAACUCUGGGAUAGAAUUGACUAUAGGGCUAUUGUAAGCAGGCGAUGCUGUGAGGAGGGCACCAUUAAGAAAGUGAAGAGACAGCCCAGAAACUGGAAGAAAAUCUUUGCAAAUCAUCCAUCUUAUAAAGUACUUGUAUCUAAAAUAUAUAAACAGCUCUUAAAACUCAGAAAUAAAGAGACAACCCAAUUUUCUAAAGGGCAAAGGAUCUUAAUACACAUUUCUUCAAAAAAGAUAUUCAGAUGGGCAAAAAAGCACAUGAAUAGAUGCUCAACAGCCAUCAGAAAAAUGUAAAAUCAAAAUCAAGAAGAUAUUUCAUUACAUGCACUAGGAAAGCUAUAAUUAAAAAAAAAAGACUGGUAAUAACAAAUAUUGCAAGGAUGUGGAGAAAUUGGAACCCUGACUUCUGGUGGAAAUGUAAAAUCAUUUAGGUGCUUUGGAAAACAGUCUGGCACUUCCUCAAAAAGCUAAACAGAGACCAUAUGACCCAGCAAUUCCACUCUUAGUUUUAUACUCUAAAGAAAUGAAAAUUAUGUUCACACAAAACCUUGUACAUGGGGCUUUCCUGGUGGUCCAGUGGUUAAGAAUCCACCUUACAGUGUAAGGGAUACCAGUUUGAUCCCUGGUCCAGGAAGAUCCCACAUGCCAUGGAGCAACUAAGUUCGUGUGCCACUACUGAACUUUCCCUCUGCAGCCCAGGAGCAGCAACUACUGAAGCCCACGUGCCCUUAGAGCCUGUUCACUGCAGCAAGAGAAGCCACCACAAUGAGAAGCCCAUGCUCCACAACUGGAGAGUAGCUUCUGCUCGCCGCAACUAGAGAAAGUAUAGCAAUUAAGACUCAGCACAGCCGAAAAUAAAUAGAUAUUUUUUGAAAACUUCUACAUGAAUGUUUAUAGCAAGCAACCUUAUUCAUAAUAGUCAGUAGUUGUAAAAACAACUGAAAUGUCCAGCAGCCAAUGAAUGGAUAGACAAAAUAUCAAUACAAUGAUAUAUUACUUGGCAAUUAAAAGGAAUAAGGUAUCGAUACAUGCUACAAAGUGGAUGAAUGCUGAAAACCUUAUGCAAAUGAAAGAAGCCAGUCCUCAGAGAGCCACAUAGUUCACUUACAUCAACUGUGAAGAAUACAUAAAUCCAAAAUCAUAGAAAGUGAUUGCCUGAGGCUGAAGGGAGGGAGGAGUGAAGUGUGACUGCCUUCUCUGAAGUGAUGAAAAUGUACUAAAAUUAAAAAAAAAAGAAAAGAAAAUGUACUAAAAUUGAUUGUGGUACUCAUUGUGCUACCCUGAAGAAAUCAAAAGCCAUUGCAUUCUAUACUUUAAACCAGUGAAUUGUAUGAUAUCUGAGUUAUAUCUCAAUAAAGCUGGUAAAAUAGCAAGUAGUAUGUCCCUCUUUUAUUCUCUACUCCUUUUCCUGGUUUUCCUCACAACACUUAGCCAUUGUAUAACACUCUAUUUUACUUACUUAUCUUGCUUAUUUCCCCCUACUUAUUUCCCCCUACUAGAAUAUAAAUUCCAAGAGGGUCUUUGUUUUUUUGUUUUUUGUUUUUUUGCUUCAUUGUGCAGGUUGCAGGAUCUUAGUUCCCUCAACCAGGGAUUGAACCUGAGCCCUCAGCAGUGAAAGUGCUGUGUCCUAAUCACUGGACUGCCAGGGAAGUCCCCAAGAGGGUCUUUAUUCUGUGCUUAUUACAUGUACAGUAUCUAGAACAGUGCCUGACUUGUAGUAGGUACUCAGUAAAUAUAACUGACUGACAUAAUGGAACUUAAAGCUUCCAUUUCUUUUUCAUACUUUCUUAUCCAUGAAAACCAACAGCAAGGACCUCUACUGUAUAACACGAAAACUACAUUCAGUAUCUUGUAAUAAUCAAUAAUGGAAGAUAAUCUGAGAAAGUAUACAACUGCAUCACUUUGCUGUAUGUACACCUGAAACAUUGUGAAUCAACUGUACUUCAAUAAAAAAAAUUAAAAAUAAGCAAGACUAUGGAACAAUUCUUACUGAGCAGCCUUAGCACUGACCCUUAUCCAGAUACCCAGAUAGAUAAUUUUGGCGGGGUGGGGGGGCGGCACGGGGAGACACGCGAAGAAAUUUAGUUAAGUGUUCUAUGCAUUUGUUAUUAAGAGCCCAGUACUGGCACACUGCCAACCCAUUUUUUAGUCACAUAUCCUAAAAUAAAUGCAAGUUACAGUACUAGCUACAAACUGGCUUACAAUAAUUAUACUAUACAUUUGCAUUGUGCUUUACAAAUUUAUAUUUUCACAUAAAUUAGCUUCUUAUCCUCACAAAAGUACUUUUGAGGAUUGUAGCAUUCUCAUUUUAUAACUGAUGAAACUGAGGACUACGGAGGUUGAAAUUUACUCAAGAUCAUACAUAGUUAAAUGGCAGAACCAGAGCUUGACUUCACAUCUGAUGGUUUCCCAGUGUUCUGUGUUCUCUGACAUCUGUCAUUUCAUUAAGAGAUGUUUAAAGUUUGGUAGUAGAUAAAAGAUCCACAAUGAAAGUAAUGUCUGAGCACUGGUCUCAGUACUGCACAUGUAUUAACUCUCACAAUUCUUACAGCUAACUAGGUAAUCCAGAUAAGUAAACAGGCACAGAGAGACUAAAUGACUUCUCCAAGGUCACACAAUUAGAAAAGCAGCACACCAGUAUUCAAACCUAGGCAGUCUAACGAGAGUCAUUGCUUUUAACACCUUAUACUGCCACUUGAGAUUACAGAGAAGUAGAAUGUAUAGAGAGAAAAACAGCCAAAUAUUAAAUUUUAAAAACUCACCAAAGCCCACCUCCACCCCCCACCAAGAAAUCACUAAAAAUAACAGAAGAGUGAGAUGAAGUAAAAAAACUAGGAUAAUGUUUCUGAUAGGUCAAGUGCUACCAAUGCUUCAGAGAAGUCACUUUCAUAGAAUUGUAGAGUUUGAUAACUCUAAGUGACCCAUUGUCUCAUAUAUAAAAGGCCUUGUGGCUCAGAAAGUUAAUGCAAUUUCCCUAAGGUCAUAGGAACUAAAUAGAAUUAAGACCAAAAUCUUGCUUUUUUGACUGUGGUACAGUUUUCUUUUUAAUUCACUGUUUUUAUCACUGUAACAUUCUAAUGUGUGUGCGAAAUAUAUGUAGACCUCAUAUAUAUAUAAAAGAGUGUGCACUUGCAUGCAUUUCUCUAGGUUAGCAUGUGGAGAGACUAUGAUGCCUAGUUUAUUGCAGAAAGAACAGUACCAAAUCUUCUAUAUUGUGCCCUUUGCUUCAGAGUUCCCUUUACUUCAUAGCUCCCUCUGCUCUCUUCAUUAGACAUUGCUGUAGGGUUCCUACAAAAGUUAUAUUGUUGAAGGCUAGUAAUGUCAGUGACCUCUUAAUUUCUUAUUUUCAUCUAUCAUUAAGAAAUAUUUAAUGACUGUGUACUGUUGUGGAGAAGGGAGCUGGCUACCCACUCCAAUAUUCUGACCUGGAGAAUUCCAUGGACUGUAUACAGUCCAUAGGGUCACAAAGAGUCAGACACAACUGAGCAACUUUCACUUUCACAGUUGUGGAGAGGGCAUUUGAGAGAGAGAUGUACAAGAAGCUGUUCCUGUCCGGAAGGGUUACAUGCAUAAAAAGAUAUAUCUGAGUACUAACAUUUAUAUGCUGAGUCCUAAUAUAGGAUUAACAAUAAAAUAAAAUUUGAAACCUGGAGUUUCUAGAAAGGUGGGAUUUAUGCCAGGCAUUGAAGGAAAAGCAAUGCUAAGACAAAUAAAGGGAAAGGCCAUUCCAGAUAUGGGAAAUAGGGAAAUACUGAGGAAAAAUUAUAGACAAAUUUGGAAGGAACAAGAAAAAUUUACAUUUUACUUCCUCACCUUGGGUAUUUCUUAACCAAAUUUUAUAUUAUCGUAGAAAUAUAUAUGUUUACAGUUAACAUCUUUAUUUACUUCUGCCUUUUAAAAGACAUAUAACUUUCAUUACAUGUCUUUGGUUGAAAACUUUUUUCAAGGAUUUAAGAAGUAGAUUAUAAAAUAAAUACAGUCCUUAAAGUACACUUUAAAAAUUAGCAUAGCUACAUGGAACUCCGCUCAAGUUAUAUGGCACUGUGGAUGGAAGGGGACUUUGGGGGAGAAUGGAUACACAUAUAUGGAUGGCUGAGUCUCUUUGCUAUUCACCUAAAACUAUCCCAUUGUUAACUGGCUAUACCCUAAUACAAAAUAAAAAGUUUAAAAUUAAAAGAAACGAUCAUAAAGUUAGCAUAGCUAGUAUUCUUUAUUCAUUGCCUUGAAGUGAGACAAUAAUCGCAAUAAGCCUAUUUUCUGAGGGAUUUGGCUUUAACCGGGACUGGGGGUGGGGGGUACUGUUAGGGUUUUCAUUCUUAACAACAAAAGCUUUUUUCCAAACAAAAUUUUAUACGAUCCCCCAAAUUGAGGUUCUCCAAGCUACUCUGUCUUGCCCUAGCCCCUCCUGGGAUCCCCAGCGUUGUCUGUGAAACCAAGGGCUCCUCAAACCAGUCUGAAAAAUCACUUGAUCAAUUAAAGCACUGUCUAUCUUUUUGAAUUAUAGUUUUGUCCAGAAACUUAAAUGUUUUUUAAAAGCACUGUCUAGCUGUCAAAUUCUACACUUCUAAUUUACCUUGGGUCAUUGAUAACAGCAACUAAACAUUUUUUUUUGUUUAGAAGUAACAUUCUAACAUUCUGUUUUGAAGUUUUAGACACCAUCAGGUCAGCAGGUAGGUACACUUCCCUAGCUUGUCUUCUUAAAUGGCUAUCAUUUGCUUUCAUUGGCCAGAUGUUUACUGUGUGAUAAGGAUUUUAUACAUAUUUAACCUUCAGAACAAUCCUAUGAGGCAGAUAGUAUCCCGUUUUAGAUAUGAAGCAAUUGAGGCUCCUAAAGGUUAAGUAACUAAUAUCAUACAACUAGCAAGUGGCAGAGCCAGGAUAAGAAACUAAGUCUAUCCCGACUCUAAAGGCAGUAUCUUAUCUAACACCUUAGAGAACAGUGUCUGACGUGUAGUGCAGAAUCUUCAGUACUUUCUAAAUGAUUCCUCAUCUAAUACUUGCAACAACCCGCUAAAAUAGACAGUAUUUUUCUCUCCAUACUACAGACAAGAAAACAGGAACAGAGAGGUUAAGCAACUUACCUGUGUUCUCAUUUACCAUAUCUCUUGCUAUUAUUGCAAACAUGCUAAGAUAAACAUACAUAGGUGGAAACCUCGAUUAAAAAUAUUCUCAACCCAAUACAUUCCAAAGUUAAAGAAUGAUGUGUUAUUUGAGGGGCAUUUUCUUUCCCAAACCUAGAAUAUCUGAGCAAAACCUGGAAAGUUGCUUCAGUUCUAUUUCCCGUUAGAAAUAAUUUAAAUAUUCUACCAAUUGUUAUCUUAAGAAUCCAAGCAAUAAAUCACUUUAUAGGUAAUACUGCCCUAUCUGGAGAUGCUUUUUUUAAAAAACAUUUUUUUAGAUCUAAUUAUAGAGAUAGCUGUUCUUAAGUUAUAAUUUUUGUUCUUUCACU